UCAGAGCCAAGAUGGCAGCCCACAGUGCCGUUCUCUCAGCCUCCAAAAUCUUCGCUCCCUUUUGGGGUGGGCGUCUUGGAAAUACGGUUAAAGUGUUUGGGACAACUGUAACCAAUCACAGGAAUAAGACUGUACUCACUAGAGAAAACAUACCACCUCCUGCAAAGUACGGCGGCAGACACACGGUCACGCUCAUACCUGGAGAUGGAAUCGGCCCUGAGCUUUUCAGUCAUGUCAGGGAGGUUUUCAGGUUCAGCUGUGUGCCCGUGGACUUUGAGGUGGUGCACGUCAACUCUGCUCUGGAGACGGAUGACGACAUGAAUAAUGCCAUCACUGCCAUCCGCCGGAAUGGAGUUGCCCUCAAAGGUAACAUAGAAACCAAGCAUACCUUACCGGCAUCCGUCAAGUCCAGAAACAAUGUGCUGCGCACGAGUCUGGACCUUUACGCCAACGUGAUGCACUGCCAGUCCCUCCCAGGAGUUCAGACUCGUCACAAGAACAUCGACAUCAUGAUCAUCAGGGAAAACACCGAGGGAGAGUACAGCAGCCUGGAGCACGAGAGCGUAUCAGGGGUUGUGGAAAGUCUGAAGAUCAUCACGAGGAACAAUUCCCUCAGGAUUGCCGAGUAUGCUUUCCAGCUCGCCAGGGAGAAAGGUCGCCGCAGGGUCACGGCAGUACACAAGGCCAAUAUCAUGAAGCUUGGCGAUGGCUUGUUUCUGCAGUGCUGCAAGGAAGUGGCCUCGGGCUACCCGGACAUCACCUUCGACAGCAUGAUUGUGGACAACACCACCAUGCAGCUCGUGUCCAAACCUCAGCAGUUUGACGUGAUGGUGAUGCCCAAUCUGUACGGAAACGUGGUGAGCAACGUGUGCGCGGGGCUGGUGGGAGGGCCCGGCCUCGUCCCCGGCGCCAAUUACGGCCGCGACUACGCCGUGUUCGAGACUGCCACGAGGAACACGGGGAAAAGCAUCGCCGGCAAGAACAUUGCCAACCCCACGGCUGUGCUGCUGGCCAGCUGCAUGAUGCUGGACCACCUCCAGCUUAAUGAUUACGCAACUUUGAUCCGGAACGCAGUCCUGACCACGAUGAAUGAAACCAGGCUGCACACAGCGGAUAUCGGAGGGCAGGGCACCACAUCAGAGGUGGUCCAGUCCAUCAUGAGGAUCAUCCAGAGUAACGGACAGCUGACCGCAGACCUCUGAACCCCCCGUCCCCCCAGGCUGCACACUCUCACACCCACUUCUGAGUGUCGUUGGCUGGAAUGUGUCCGGGAUGAAUGGAGAUAACCAAGCUUGUGCGUUUUGGUGGCGUUGGCUCGUUCCCCUCGUUCAGGUAGCAUACUGACCAGUCCACUGUAGAAACACGCUCUCGUCCACAACUGGCCUCUCUCACACCAGGCCGGUUCAGUGGAAAAUAUCUCACCACAAGUGUAUUGUGAAGAAGGCGUGCCUAAAGUAUGCUCAUCGAUCAUCAAUCACACGCAAUAUUUAAAAUACGAAAAAAUGAACAUCGUCAAUUCACUCCACGUUCUCCAGAGCCAAGUAUUUAUUUGUUACAGCCUUCUCAAUCAACAAAAAUGUUGAAUUUUCAGGUAAACCUUCUUAAAGUCUUAUUGUAAAUGGAACAUCAGGUUGCAUUUUACAUUCUCUGUCUUUUUUUCUUUCUUUUUUUUGUUCCGACCAUGUUAAACGUUUCGGCUGAUGGCUGCUGUAUUUAUCGGUGUAUGAUCGCAGGAUGGAUAUAUCAAAAUAAUUGCUGUCAAAGUGUAACGUCCCUGCCUGCGUCAUCACGGUCUUCUUGCGUAAGUGUGGGUUAUAUCACAGGGCUGAACUGCAGCGUUACACUGGGACUGCGUUCUUCAUGUUUGUGGGCGGGCAUAAUAUACUGUACAUCAAAACAAUAAAAUACUAAUCU